GGGAUGUACCUGGAGCACUACCUGGAUAGUAUUGAGAACCUGCCAUUUGAAUUGCAGAGAAACUUCCAGCUCAUGCGAGAUCUGGAUCAGAGGACGGAAGACCUCAAGUCAGAGAUCGAUAAGUUGGCCACGGAGUAUAUCAGCAAUGCACGGACUUUGUCUUCGGAGGAAAAACUGGGGCUUCUCAAGCAAAUCCAGGAGGCCUAUGGGAAAUGCAAGGAGUUUGGCGAUGACAAGGUUCAGCUGGCUAUGCAGACCUACGAGAUGGUUGAUAAGCACAUCCGGCGGCUGGACACAGACCUCGCUCGCUUUGAAGCAGACCUGAAGGAGAAGCAGAUAGAGUCGAGUGACUAUGACAGUUCUUCCAGCAAGGGCAAGAAGAAGGGCCGAGCCCAAAAAGAGAAGAAAGCUGCCCGUGCUCGCUCUAAAGGGAAGAACUCUGAUGAGGAAGCGCCAAAAACUGCCCAAAAGAAAUUGAAGCUUGUCCGCACUAGCACAGAGUAUGGGAUGCCUUCAGUCACCUUUGGAAAUGUGCACCCUUCGGAUGUAUUGGAUAUGCCUGUGGACCCCAAUGAGCCUACUUACUGCCUCUGCCACCAGGUCUCCUAUGGGGAGAUGAUUGGCUGCGACAACCCAGAUUGUUCCAUUGAAUGGUUUCAUUUUGCCUGUGUGGGUCUGACAACAAAACCAAGAGGAAAAUGGUUCUGCCCUCGCUGUUCCCAGGAGAGGAAGAAGAAGUAAAACCCGUGAGCCCUCAGUACUGCUGCAGGAGCUCUCUUCCCCCUGCCAGGGCCUCGUCCCAGCUCCCCCAGCCCUGGGGGCCUUGGCUGGGGGGAGUCUUGCCCUGUUUGUGGUUUGGGCCAUCCCUGGAAUGGUGUGUACCCUCACGGCGGUUCCUGUGUGUUCUGUAUCCCUGGUUGCUUCUGAAUCCCUAAGGGAGGCCUUCUCUGUGUACUAUUCCAAACAGGUCUCUGAACCUCAAAGGGAAUGAAUGAGGGCACCAGGGUAGCCACCAGAUUCCCAGGGAUUCAGGUAGUUCCUGAUUUUCCUUGGCUUUCCUUCAGCCUCCUCAGAGUUCAUUGCCUACUCUCUGCUUAGAGAGCAAGGCUAUGGGAUGGGGGAAGGAAAGGAGGUAAGUCUUCAGCAUUUUAGGUCUUUGAUUUUCCUGGAUCUUUUUCAGGAGAGAGGGAGUAACCAGGCUACUUCUUAAUCUAGUGGGCUGGUUGAGAGGCUGAAAACCUAAUGUACUCCCUAUCUUUAACCAUUCCACUACUGACACUGAGCAGCCUCUUUUGUUGGGGAGAGGAGGAGGAGGAGGAGGGAGUGUUUAGAGCUAGCUUUGUCUCUCUUAUUCCUGGGGUAAACCUGCUGGUUUGGGAAGCACACUGUGUGAAGGAGGAAGAAUUUCUGACCACAUGGGGAGAAAUGACUUUAUCUAGCCUGUCUUCCAGCUCCAAAAUUCUGCCUUCCUUUUGUGCAGUGAUGCUUCUCCAUUAUGUUGAUGAUGGGAAGUUUGGGGAUUCAGAUCCCACUUGUAUAAUAUGGAAUUAAAUAAAGUUCAUU